CACUCUGUGGCCAGGCUGGAGUGCAGUGGGGCGAUAUCAGCUCACUACAACCCCCGCCUCCUGGGUUCAAGCAACUUUCCUGCCUCAGCCUCCUGAGUAGCACACCCAGCUAAUUUUUGUAUUUUCAGUAAAGACGGGUUUUCACCAUGUUGGCCAGGAUGGUCUCGAUCCCUUGACCCUGUGAUCUGCUCACUUCAGCCUCCUAACGUGCUAGCAUUGCAGGCAUUAGCCACCGCGCCUUGUAUUUCUAACCAGCUCCCAGAGCUGCUGGUGCUGCAGGAUCACACUGUGAGUGGCCAGGGACCGGCAGAGGGCAGAGGGUGGAUCCAGGUCCAGACGGCAGAGUGCUUUGAAGGCAAGUGGGGUGUUUGCAUUUUGUUCUCAGGAUAGAAGGAAGCCAGGCAGAGGAGUGACAUGACUGAAGGAUGCUUCUAGAAGCUCAUUUUGGCUGCUGCGUGAAGAUUCACCGGGGCCAGAGCAGCCACAGAGAGACCAGGUUGGAAACUGAUAUCAUUGUCCAGGUGACGGUGGCUUAGACAAAGGUGGCAGUGAUGGCAGAAGCUGGAAGUAGGUGGAUCUGAGACCUUUGAACAGGUGGAUCUUUCACUCAAGACUCUAGCAUGAACAGUUGCCUUCAGGCCUGCCCUGAGUCUCCUCAAGUAACAACAGGCCCUUCCACCACAGCCAUCUACACAGGAGUCCUCAUGAUUGCUCAGAACCAUCCCUCCAGAGUUUGGCUGAUAUUUUUCUAGCGUGGGGCGAGCAAUUUUGUGGGGGUGCAUUUAAGGGGGCUUUGUUGCAACUGUUCCUUUUUGUAUAUUUAUUUUCUUUCUUGGAACCGGGCCUCGCCCUCCUCCCACUGACACGAUGGCCCAGUCCAAGGCCAACGGCUCUCACUAUGCACUGACUGCCAUCGGCUUGGGGAUGCUGGUCCUUGGGGUGAUCAUGGCCAUGUGGAACCUGGUACCUGGUUUCAGUGCAGCGGAGAGGCCAACAGCUCAGGGCAGCAACAAGACCGAAGUGGGUAGCAGCAUCCUCAAGAGCAAGACCUUCUCCGUGGCCUACGUGCUGGUCGGGGCAGGGGUGAUGCUGCUGCUGCUUUCCAUCUGCCUGAGUAUCAGGGACAAGAGGAAGCAGCGGCAGGGCGAGGACCUGGCCCACGUCCAGCACCCGACAGGCGCUGGGCAUCAUGCCCAGGAGGAAGACAGCCAGGAGGAAGAAGAGGAGGAGGAGGCUGCCUCAAGGUACUAUGUCCCCAGCUACGAGGAAGUGAUGAACACAAACUACUCAGAAGCAAGGGGAGUGGAGCAGAACCCAAGGCUGAGCAUCUCUCUCCCAUCCUAUGAGUCACUGACAGGGCUCGAUGAGAACACCCCCACAACCACCAGGGCUGAUGUGGAGGCCAGCCAUGGGAACACCCCUGACAGGCAGAACUCUAAGUUGGCCAAACGACUGAAACCGCUCAAAGUUCGUAGGAUUAAAUCCGAAAAGCUUCACCUCAAAGACUUUAGGAUCAACCUCCCAGACAAAAACGUCCCUCCUCCCUCGAUAGAGCCUUUGACUCCUCCACCACAGUAUGAUGAAGUCCAGGAGAAGGCCCCCGACACCCGGCCACCCGACUGAACGGCCCCACUUGAGCCACACUCCCUCCUGUCUCUCACACCUUUUGCCCUCAAGACCCUAACAAAGCCACGUGAGCCACGGUGAAGAAGUGGAGAUGCCAGCUCUGCCAUUUGGAUGGGGGGAGGGGAUUCUCUGUAUCAGGAGUGACUUUGUGGUCCCACACUGCCUCCUGCUGCAGGUGCCUUGGAAAGGGAUGCUGCCUUGGAGCUGGUGAAUCUGUGGACCAUACUCACCACAGGCCUCUCCUAAUCCUCUUAACUGAAUCACAGGUCACAUUCUCCUUUCCAACUAGGAAAGGGUUCCUAGCAGCUGGUUUAGACUGUGGUUGUUUUAUUUCAAAAAAAAAAAAAAGUUUUGUGUUUGCUGUCUUCGCUGGAGUCCUGAACUGCAGGACCUGGUUUUGUAGGAAGGACACAGGCUGUUUUAUGAAUUAAGUGGUGGCUCAGGUGGCGGCCCUUGCAGAGCCCCUGGUGCUGUCUUUUGUUGAGGGCUUAAGGCCUGAUGAACUUAGGCACGUGAUAGUCUUAAUUGGUACACUUAACUAGUCUCUUCUGUGUAAUAGUGAAAAAAGAAAAACUGUAGGAAAUGUUCUGUUCUUUUUGAAAUGCCAUGCAGUGGAGCUUUUUAUAAUAAAAUAUUUUAUAUGUAGUA